AUGGUGUCAUCCCUGCAGGGCAGCGGGACCUUCAUCAACACCCUGAUUGGGGUGCUGACUGUGGCUGGCCAGCAGCUCUUCUCCCGCUUCACCUUCGCCUGUCCGUGCCAGGCGGGCAAGAACCUCUACUAUGGCUCGGCCUUCCUAGCCGUGCCCACCCUGGUCCUGCUUAUCAUCGGCUAUGCGCUGAGGACCCAGACGUGGCGGAUGAUCACCGAUCCGUCCUGCAGGUGUCCGGUGAGGCAGCUACAGGGCCCGGGCUCCCUGCACCGCCAGCUGGCCUGCCUGGUUUGCAUCAGCAUCACCGGGCGGGCGCUGGUGGCCCCACUGAUGUGGCUGGCAGUCACGUUGCUGACCGGAACCUACUACGAGUGUGCAGCGAGCGAAUGGGCCUCAGUGGACCGUUACCCGGAGUUUGACGGCAUCAGCCCUGAGGAGCGCAGGGAUAUACUGGCUGGAUUUCCUUGCAGUGGCGGCAUCCCUGCUAAAAUGACCCUGGUCAGGGAGGAGGUGAUGCUACAGCUUAGGUACUCCUCUCAGAUGUCUGGCUGGAUCCUGGUCACGGCUGCCAGCAUCACGGCCUUUCUGUCCUAUUGCCUGGUGAGGUACUGCUCCCCACUGUCCUCACGGCAGCACCAUUACUGGGACAGCCUGGCCCGGAAUGAUCAGCAGCUGUUCGAGGAGGCGGCCGAGCAGCACGCCCGCUUCCUCGUGGCACAGCGCGUCAAGAACUUCUUCGGCUUCGUGCCCGGGAGCCAGACCAUCCAACAGAUCCGCAUCCCAACGGGAAGGGACUGGAGGGAGAUAGCGGGAUUCAGCCUCGUGGGCAUGGCGGACCAUGGGCACGGGCCCUACUGCUAUCUGGGAGACAGGGAUGAUGACUGUGAGGAAGGAAGGGCAGCUGGCAUCGAACUGACGCCCUGA